CCUCCCUCGCGCGCGCGGCCGCGGCUACCUGUGAGGGAGAGGGGCGCGUGCGAUGACGGUUGGAGGCGGUGCGCGUGCCCGCGGGCAAGGGGGCGGGGCUGAUCCAAUGCUGCGUCGGGAGCGCGCAGGGAUCACCCCCACUCCCCGCUCUCAGACAUGGCGGAUUACAGGUCCGAGUGGCUCCGACUGCCUGGCUCCUGGUCGCAUGGGGUUACACGGGACGGACGGGUCUUCUUCAUCGAUGAAGAAGCGCAGAGAACAACCUGGUUACAUCCAGCGACCGGCGAGGCCGUCAUCAGCGGACACCGCAAAACACCAGACCUACCAACCGGUUGGGAAGAAGGAUACACCUUCGAAGGGGCUCGAUACUACAUUAAUCAUAAUGAGUGGAAGGUAACCUGCAAGCAUCCGGUGACAGGACAUACAUCCCAAGAAAACUGUAUCUUUGUAAUGAAUGACGAUUUCAGGACUGCUGCAGCAAUGGCAUCACAAGAGAAAAAAGACCGACCAGUCAGCAUGGUGAGUGAAGUUUCAACCUACACAAUGGCAUCAGAAAUGGCAUUGCUUCCAGUGAGUCCUGCAGGCAGAUCAUCAAGACCUUCGAAAAAAGUUCACAAUUUUGGCAAAAGAUCCAACUCUAUUAAGAGGAAUGCAAACGCACCAGUUAUAAAACGUGGCUGGCUUUAUAAACAGGAUAGUACAGGAAUGAAAUUGUGGAAGAAGCGCUGGUUUGUGCUUGCCGAUCUGUGCCUGUUCUAUUAUAGAGAUGAAAAGGAAGAAGGCAUUCUGGGAAGCAUUCUUCUGCCUAGUUUUAAGAUAGCUCCAGUUAGCCCAGAGGAUCAUAUAAACCGCAAAUAUGCAUUCAAGGCUUCUCAUCCAAAUAUGCGGACCUAUUAUUUCUAUACUGAAACAGCCAAGGAAAUGGAAUCCUGGAUGAAGGCUAUGAUAGAAGCUGCCCUUGUUCAAACAGAACCCGUGAAAAGGACUGAAAAGCUAACAUCUGAAAUUUUACCUCCUAAAGAGGUCAACCAUGUUCCAAACCACAAAAUGCUGGUCAAGCCUGAAAAUCAGAACAACCAGAAAAAUAUGGAUACCACUCUGGGUGUCCAACAAAAAGAAAAUCUGAACAUCACUCAUACUGACAAAUAUCAGGUUGAGAUAGAAGGACUGGACCAGCACAAACCUUUGACUAAAAUCAAUAGUAUAAAAUUGCAACCUGCAAAAUCAGAGAGCGACAAUGUCACGUCAAAUACUAACAGUGUUCAAUCUCAACAGUACAAAUCUCUGCAUGCAAGUGCUUCCAAUGAACAAAGUUCAAUUUGUCCAGUCAGUACUCCUGUAGAAAGUGUGGACACUGGAAGAGAAAGACUGGUUAGUUUAAAUGAAAGUGGAAGGGGCAUUCAACGGACUAAUUCAAUGGUGCAGUUGGAGCAGUGGGUGAGAACACAAAAAGGAAAGGGCCAAGAGGAAGAACCUAAAAGCAUCGCCUGUUAUCAAACAUUACCAAGGAACCUGCCAAGCUAUCGGACUCAGGUCAUGCCAUGUUACAGAACAAUGCCCCAUCACAGUCGUACAAGACCUGACAGCAUCUGUUCAGUGUCACCUUCUGCAUACGACAGGGUCCUUCGACCACCGUCAUUAGAAGAAAAACGGAAAUCGAUGAGGGAUGAUACCAUGUGGCAACUAUAUGAAUGGCAACAGCGUCAGGUCUACCAUAAGCAUGGGACACUAAGCAGGCAUGGUACUUUAAGUACUCCUGUCACCAUGAUGAAUAUUGUUGAACAGUCACGCUCUAUUCCUCCAUCACCUUCUCACGGUUCACUGGCCCCCUACCAGGUAUACUCUCCCCUCAGGUCCUACAACAUUGAAUCAAGAUCAGAAGUAUUGUCACCUGUUUUAAGAGGAGACAUGACCAUUGAUUCCAUGAAAUCUCGGCGACACAGGACACCUGUCAACAGGUUUAUCUAUCCACCUGACAGAAGAUCGAUGCCUGCUAAUAUACCUGUGCAAACCAUUACACCUGAGAGCUUGCAAGGCAAAACGCUGGCUCAGCAAGAUGAUUACAGAGAAACUUUAUACAGCCACAGACGUGAAAAUCUGGACAUUGAUGGUAAACUGAGCCAAUUAUGUGAGCAGGAUAAGGUUGUUUGUGAGCAAGAAGAGAAGUUGCAGCAGCUGCAUAAGGAAAAACAUACGCUUGAACAAGCUUUACUGGCUGCAAGUCAGGAGAUUGAAAUGAAUGCAGAAAAUCCUACUGUAGUGCAAAGUGUGGCCUUACAAAGAGACGUUUUACAAAAUGGAUUGCUCAGCACUUGUCGGGAGAUAUCAAGAACCACCACAGAACUGGAAAGAACAUGGAAAGAGUAUGAAAAGUUAGAGUAUGACGUAACUCUAGCAAGAACCCACUUACAACAACAACUAGACAAAUGUGAUGAAGUUCAGGUGGAGUUAACUGCUCAGCAACGCCCUCAGAUUCAAAAGGAGCUCUGGAGAAUUGAUGAUGUUAUGGAAGGACUCACCAAAAGUAAACAGCAAAGAAGGAACUCUAGCAACACUGGUACUGCUGGCUCACAACCUGGAUCUGCUUCUACUUUAAGGUGUAGGCAGGAGGAAGAUGAAACAGCCCCUCCUCGCCCUCCUCUUCCCCAGUUAUAUGACUUGACAGAGAGGGCUCCCACAGUUCCCCCUCAUCCCAGUGAGAGCAUCAUUUGGCCCUGUUCUGCCAGAAACCUGGUACAUCAACCAGAUGAAAUGAAGAUCCACCAUGAACCAGAAGAUCCAAAGCAUGGAGCAGAUUCUGGUCCUGAUUAUCGACUGUACAAGAGUGAACCAGAACUGACAACUGUGACUGAGGUUGAUGAAUCAAAUGUGGAUGAGAAGUCAGAAGUGGUACCUGACAAAGAAAGUGUCACAUCUAAAGGUUUGUCUUUUCCAGUUGGUAUAGUUCCUCCUCGAAGCAAAUCACCAAUGCCUGAAUCUUCUACAAUUGCUUCUUAUGUUACUUUAAGAAAGCAUCGAAAAAUGGAUGGUAUUGUACCUAACGUGCAGGAAAGACCCAGGAGUGCAGUUGAGCAGCUUUUUCUGGCAGAAGGUCCACGACCUCGAAUGAGCGUUGAGGAACAACUUGAAAGGAUAAAACGCCAUCAGCAAGCUUCUCUAAGAGAUAAAAGGAAAGGAUUAAAUUUGAUAAGUCUGCAAGAUCAAUCACCAGCAAAAGGUCUAUCAAGAGAAAAGAACCAGAUAAAGCCACUUCAUUCUGGAGACAAGUAUUCAGUUCAUAGAAAUAAAACUGCUGAAAGUAAUAUCAAAGCGUUGGAAGCUGCUGUUCGAAACAAUAGUUGGGACCAACAUCAAGAAACUGCAGCAGAGGAAAUUGCUCGCUUAAAAGAAGAACGCAUUGAACCAAAUCAAAACAAGUUAGAAAGUGGAAAUGAUUCCUCAGGCCAAGUGAUCAUGUCUGAAAGGUGCAGUGAAGCAGAGUCUGAAAUACAAAGCCCUGACGAAGCUGUGGAUAAAAAGAAGGAUUUUGAUGGAAUAAAAUCCAGAAGCAGUGUGUUAACUGUGGCCCCCACCGUUAACCGCAAAACCGAUAUCAGGGCUGAUGAGGAAAAUGCUCAGGAAGAAGUGAAGAUGAUUAAUAUCUCCAGUGAACUAGCUGCAGAUGCACCAAGAAGCAGCAAACUUGUAGCAGAACAAAGUCUGUCUUCUCCACAUCAAUCCCCAACAUCCCCAUCGCACCCACAGCUCACAGAAGGAUCUCACUUUAUGUGUGUCUGAUAUAAAAAACUCAGAAUGUAGCCACAGGCAAAUCAUACACAUCUACACAAGGCUGAGGCUCGAAGGAGUUUGACUGUAUUUGGAAGGACACCAGGAUGGUGGUCAAAAUUUGACAUCUGUAUAUGGAACUGGAGUACACCAGAGCACAAGAAUUCAAGCAAGUGCUGGAAGCAACACUUGAUUCAAUAUUAAACACUCCUUAUAGGAAAUACAUUUUUGUUGGAUUUAAUGCCGAUAUAUUACUUACUUCAGGAGCACUGAUUGCUCCAUGGCAGAUUUUUUAACUUGCUCUUUUUAAAUUUGCCAGUGUGUGGAGACCACAAUAUGUGAGCACAUAAGGUGAUUGGGUCUCAUUUCAGUUAAUGUAUCAGAACUUAGUUUUCAUUUUGAAUUACAUAGUAUGUAUAAUGCCUGACUUUAAGUAACUGUGGCCAUAACCUAUAUGAAAUAGUUCACCAAUGUUUGAUGUAUACAAUAGGAAAUGGCUUCACAUUUGUUUUCUUACCACUUUCAAUGAUUGCAGUGCCAUUGUACUGGUACAGGUUAAUGCUGUUCCUUGGUAAUACCAUCUGCUGUAGCUAUAUAUACUUAGUGUUGUAUUGUCUGCAGUUACUGCCAAACUACUCUGAACAAAUGUAAAAAUGUCACACUUUUCAUAGUUUCCCUAUGUUCUCUGCCUUUAGUGAACUUUUCAUACAAGCUUUAUAGGGCAAUACGCUCUAACUUCAGUACAGCUCAAAUGCAAAGCAAUAUGUAGAGGGCUUUAUAUUCAGUAUCUCAUUGUAUGUACAAAAGAGUGUAAUUAUGUUCAUUGUGUACAUAGCUUACAAUGAGCAGAGCCUAUAAUAAAAUGCUACUUACAAGUGUUAAUAUGCAAUGUUCAUAUCACAUUGUUUUAUAUCAUGUUAUAAUAAAUGGUAAUGUUAAAUUUGGUGGUGGUAUUUUAAUAUGCAUUUAUUGC